CUAAAAACGACACUUCACACUUGUCACUUGCAUGUUUGUUCAUGUUUGGGUGUCGCGUUCUUUAACAUUUUCCAAAUAAAAAUACAAUACAUUUAAGUGAAUACUUGGGACUAUAUUAAUCUUAUUAUUAAGUAAACACCAUGGAUGACGAUGCAGAAACAUACAAGCUUUGGCGAAUCCGUAAAACAGUUAUGCAGUUAUGCCACGAUCGUGGAUACUUAGUGACGCAGGAUGAAUUGGAUCAAACGCUAGAACAGUUCAAAGAGCAAUUCGGCGACAAACCAAGUGAGAAGCGGCCAGCAAGAAGUGAUUUGAUUGUGCUGGUAGCUCACAAUGAUGACCCAACUGAUCAAAUGUUUGUUUUCUUCCCUGAUGAGCCUAAAAUCGGGAUCAAGACUAUCAAAACUUAUUGUACUAGAAUGCAGGAAGAAAAUAUCCAUAGAGCUAUUGUUGUUGUGCAAGCUGGUAUGACACCAUCAGCAAAGCAGUCAUUAGUAGACAUGGCACCGAAGUACAUUUUAGAACAAUUCCUGGAGUCUGAGCUCCUGAUCAAUAUCACUGAGCAUGAACUGGUGCCUGAACACAUUGUGCUCACUCCUGAUGAGAAAGCGGAACUCCUGACUAGAUAUAAAUUGAAGGAGAACAUGUUGAUGAGGAUACAGGCUGGUGACCCAGUGGCGAGAUACUUUGGACUGAAGAGAGGACAGGUGGUGAAAAUCAUCCGAUCAUCAGAGACGGCCGGGCGAUAUAUUUCUUAUAGAUUAGUAUGUUAGUUAGAUUAUUCCAAUAAAUUUUCAUUAUUUUAUA